AAAAAAGUUAAACAAAGCAUAAGUGGGCUUGGGCUAUCUAACAUUAGGGCUUAUGGGCUUGGGCUUGUGUGGAAAAAUCAACAGCGAAACAAAAAAGAUUAGCAAGCUGCCAGUAAUGGAGGACAGUUCGGAGAGAAAGAGAGAGAUGGAAACCAAGCUCAUCGAAAAGUUCAGCGAAGUAAUCCCAGCUAUAAAGAGCGCUAAGCACGUCGACGAAGUCGUUUGCGCACUUCACUCUCUCGCUCUCCUUCUCUUCCCUCUCGAUUCCUCUCUCCUCUCAGGUAGUGUUGAUCAGCGCUAUAGAGAGCAGGUCCUAAGUGCUAAGUUACCUUCAGAAGAAAAGAGGAGGGAGUGGUGGCAAGCGUUCUAUCAAGGAGCUGCAUUUCCGACAUUGGCUCAGUUUCUGUUGCUUGGUAGUGUUGAUCAGCGCUAUAGAGAGCAGGUCCUUAGUGCCAAGGUCCCUUCAGAAGAAAAGAGGAGGGAGUGGUGGCAAGUGUUCUAUCAAGGAGCUGCAUUUCCGACAUUGGCUUGGUUUCUGCUACUUGAUUGCUGUUGCAUGCAGAUCUUGCUUCCUAUUGGCUAUCUUGUUUCCCCCUUUCAGCACGUAUACAUGUCUAUGAUGUUUUCUUUGUUGAUGGAUCGGCCACUGAGGUUGUUCAGACCUUGUUUCCUUGUCUACAGCAGAAUGCAAUUGAUGACCAUGAUGUUAAUUCUGUCCAUUCCAAUACUGAAAGACUCUGGUUCCCAGUUUUGGUUGAAGACGAUUGAAGCAAUCAAAGAUCCCUAUGCCAUGCUGUGGAAAGAUUGUCUGAGCAGCUUCUGCAUUAUUUAUCUAUUGAACAUGCAAGUGAUGCUGAAGGUUGCUGGUUUUUUUGGCUAUUAUUUUAUCAGACUUUUAAAACUCAGAAAUUAGUGAGGUCAGUGAGCAUGCUUUGUAGUUAAUUUAUUUGGUCAGGUGUAGCUGGCAGCACCAGAGCUCAAUGUGUGUAAGUGUGUUGGAUAGAUUGUUUAUUCCUUUUUAUUUAUUUAUUUAUUUUGUAUCUAAAAUAAAUGUUUUUUAAAUUAAGAGUGGUUCUUCAAAAUUGUCAAA